AUGGCUGCCUCUUAUGUCGAGGGCAGGGUGCCCUUUUCGCACCCAAGCCUGCCCAAGCCCUGCGAGACAUGGUACAAAAUAUACGGCGACCUCAAAUCUUCCUCCACGGGGCGGCCUCUGGUGACUCUGCACGGGGGACCUGGUAUGGGGUACAACUAUCUGUCCAAUUUACGUGGUCUCUCGGAUGAAUAUGGCAUCCCCGUGGUGUUUUAUGACCAGUUGGGCUGUGGCCACUCCACGCAUCUCCAGGAAAAGAGGCUGGACACGGACUUCUGGGUGCCGGAUCUGUUCAUUGCGGAAUUGGACAAUCUGCUGGACCAUCUCGGGAUUUCAGAGUUUGACUUGCUGGGCCAGAGCUGGGGCGGUAUGCUCGGUGCCAUGUUCGCGAUCCGAGGCAGCGCAGGGCUCAAGCGGCUCAUCAUUUCCAACUCCCCGGCAUCGAUGAAGCUCUGGGUCGAGGCGUGCAACGUCUGGCGGAGCCAACUCCCCAAGGAUGUCGACGAGGCCCUGACCAAGCACGAGGCGAACCAGACGUACGACGAUCCAGAGUAUAAAGCCGCAGUCAUAGAGUUCUACAAGCGACACGUCUGCAGAGUGUAUCCCUUCCCUCAAGAUCUUCUGGAUACCUUUGCAAAUGUGGAGGAAGAUGAUACUGUCUAUAUGACAUUAAACGGACCUUCCGAGUACGUCAAGUUGUCCCUUGCAGGAUUUUUGGGAGUUCCUUGCUGUCUACAAUUCACUAAAGCAUGGAUCUAG